AUGGGAUUUGAUGGCACUGCUUCCCUUGUUUUUGAAUUCAUGGAGGGCAACUUAUUGCAAUUUAUGCAACUGCACAAGAAGAGAUUCAAUGAGGCACAAAUCAGGAAUGUGUGUCAUCAAAUUCUUCUUGGGCUAGAUCACAUGCAUAAGAAUGGGUGGUGCCACCGUGACCUCAAACCGGAAAACUUGUUGGUGAAGCAAGGUGUGGUCCAGAUUGGGGAUUUGGGUUCUGCUAAGAAGAUUCAGCCGGACAUUCCUUUCAAAGAUUAUGUCACAACUCGCUGGUACAGAGCCCCGGAGGUGUUGCUGGGCUCACCCUUCUACGAUUCCAAGGUUGAUAUGUGGGCUGUGGGUGUAAUCUUGGCUGAGAUGUUCAACCUCCGCCCUCUACUUACGGGUAACAAUGCGGAGGAGCAGCUGUUUUGGAUUUGUAGUGUGCUAGGCAGCCCAACCAUGAAGUCAUGGCCUGAAGGGCAACUUCUUGCAGGGCCGGUUGAGUAUCAGUUUCCACAGUUUUCUGGGUUUGGUCUCUCAUUUUGCAUCCCAUCUGCCAGUGAGUCUGCAAUUCAGCUUAUUACUUCCCUUCUUUCUUAG